UACCCAGCAUACGCGUCGUACAAGGCAAUCAACUCACGAAAUAGCACCCGCUUGACAGCAUGGCUCAUGUAUUGGACUGUUAUGGGCAUAUUCAGCCUGGUCGAGUUUGUACUGGACACAUUUAUCUUCUGGCUCCCUUUUUACUAUGAAAUCAAGUUACUCUUUGUUCUUUGGAUGAUCUUACCUCAGACACAGGGUUCAAUCUAUCUUUAUCAGGCCGUAGUGGAUCCAUAUCUUUCUCAGCAUGAGCACGACAUUGACAAGGCU